ACCCACCUUGAAAGUCCCCCUCUCAGCACAGGAAGUGCGCUGACCACUGGGGGGGAUAAAAGAGACUCAGAGGAGCGGGUCCUCAGCCUCUUGCUUCACAGCUCAGCAGGACCUCAGCCAUGAGACUUCUCAUCCUGACCUGCCUGGUGAUCUGCAGUCUCACUGCAUACACUGUGGAAGGUGUGGGGACUGAAGUUCUAGAAAAGAGCAUCUGUGUGAGUCUGACUACACAGCGACUGCCAAUUAAAAACAUCAAGACCUACAUCAUCAAGGAGGGCUCCAUGAAAGCAGUGAUACUCAUUACCAGACGAGGAUUUAAAAUCUGUGCUGAUCCUAAAGCUGACUGGGUGAAAAAAGCCAUCCAAACGAUAGACAGGAAAAAUAUGAGCCAGACCAAGCCUACAGGAUCCCAGAAAUCCACCAGUACAGCUGUGACCCUGACUGGGUAGUGACCUUCCAGCACUUUAUCCCCUCCCUAGCCAGCCACCUCAUUUCCCUUUAAAGCCCAUGGACUGGUUACAUUAUAUUCACUUUUUAUAAAAGUGUUGCAAGAGUCAAAUUAUUUUAUUAGAUUUUAAUUUUUUUAUAUUUCUUUUGUAAUCAUUCAG